GGAAGAUCAUGGCUGGUAUGGUUGGCGAAGAGGAAAAGCCCCAGGUCGCCAUACCACUUCCAUGCCGGUCGCCUGUCGUGCCUGGUCCCGCACGCGGCGAAGUGGACCUCUUCUUCAGGACUAGUCGGGGCCCCAGACUCCUGGCCGUUCUCGGCCUCACUAGCCUGCAGGAUGGGGAGGAAGUCGAACCCGCACAUUGCCGUGGACAAUAUGAGCCGCCAAAGCUCCCCCUGGUCCAAGAUUUUCUCCUCCCCAUCUCCCUCCCUCAACACCUAGAAGGACAUCUCCUAGUUUCCUGAAACAAACAGUCCUUUGCCUCGGGUUGUGUUCCUGCAUUGUACACUACCAUCAUGGCUGAUCACAUCGGAGAGAAGCCUACACGUGGCGCCGAUGUCAAGGUCACUGAGCCUUCACACUUGGAAGCUCGCCAUGUGCCUACGGUCGAGAUUCCACUGGAUCUGGACGAUCCCCAUCGUGCUGCGCUCGAAGACAACCCCGAAAGAGCUGAGAAGCUAACAUGGACUACUUUAUUGGCUGUCAUUUCUCUCUCCUUCUCAUACGUCUGCCCGAUCUCGUGUGGCUUCGUCCUCAUCACUGGUAUUCUGGUUCCUGUGGGCACCGAUCUCGGCGACGUGGACAACAUCUCUUGGAUUGUUGGUGGCUGGUCGAUCGCUUCUUCCGUCAGCUUUUCCAUCGCCGGAUCACUGUCAGACAUCUUCGGAAGACGUUAUACUAUUGUUUCUGGCGAGGUCCUCGCCAUCGUUGGUUCAAUCGUAGCAUGCACCGCGCACACGACACUCACCCUCGUCGCCGGCUCCACAGUCAUUGGCUUCGGCUGCGGCAUCAUCUUUGUCUCCUACGCCGGCAUUCAAGAGCUCGUUCCCAACAAAUGGCGUGGCCUACUUGGUUUAACCGAAUGCGCCAUGACUAUCCCCUGGGCUGCAGCAGGCACGCUCAUCGCUACUACACUGAAUGCAAACACGAAAGCCGGUUGGCGUUGGUGCUACUACAUCGGAAUAAUAUUCGGAGUGCUCAGCAUGAUCGGAACGUUGGCAUUCUACUGGCCUCCACCGCGCCCACAAUAUGACUUUGAAAAAUCCAGAUGGCAGGAAAUCAAGGAAAUUGACUAUAUCGGCUUCCUGCUGUACACGGGCGGACUGACAAUCUUUCUGAUUGGACUGACUUGGGCCGGAACUGAGAAUCAUCCAUGGAAGAGCGCCAGCACGAUCGCGCCAAUGAUUGUCGGCAUCAUGACGCUGAUUGCCUGCUUCGUAUACGACUUCACGCUCGCAAAGCAGCCGUUUUUCCCGUUACAUUUGUUCAGGCAGGUUAGGGAAUUUACGGUGCUGCUUGUUGUUGUUUUUGUUGCUGGUGCUGUGUUCUACUCCUUCGCCGGCCUCUUGCCCCAGGGCUCGUUGUACAUGUUCACCAACGAUCCCAUCCAAAUCGGCGUGAUCGCACUGCCGAACGGUAUCGCGCAAGUUAUUUUCGGCGGCUUGGCGACCCUCGCUAUGGGCCAUGUGGGCCACUUGAAAUUGCAAGUUAUCGUCAUGUUGACUAUCCAGACCGUCUUUGUGGCCGCUUACUCUGGCGUCGUGCCCGGCAACCGCAUGGGAUGGACGGCAUUCCAGUUCUUCGGCCAGGGUCCGUUCGCGCAGAUCACACUGUUGUGCUAUGUGAUCGCCGGGUUGAACGUGCCGUUGCGACAUCUGGGCCUCGCUUCAGGACUGAUUGGCACAUUCCGCAGCGGCGGAGGGAGUGUGGGAAAUGCGGUGUUCAAUACGAUCCUGAACGGCGUCAAGAACGAGCAGAUUCCAAAACGCAUUGCGGAGGUUGCGAUCGCGCAUAACAUGAACGCGGACGCUCUUGCGGCUCUGAUUCCCGCGACGAUCCAGAACGCGGUCGGCGUGCCGGGUGCAUUUGCCACUGUACCCGGGAUCACGCCCGCAAUCGAAGCUGCGGCUGCCCAGGCUUUCAAGGACGCAUAUGCAUUCGCAUUCAAGAGGGUGUUUUGGGCCAGUAUUCCGUUCGGCAUACUCGCUAUUGGCGCAGCAUUGAUGAUCAAGGAUCCCAGUCAGUAUUUGACAAAUCAUACGGCCAUUCAUAUGACCAAGGACUAUUCAAAGAAUCCGCAACACGCCGAGGGACAUCAUAAUCAUCAGACGGCGGUGCAAGAAAAGCCUACGUCCAGUGGUGAUAGCAGCUCGUAAUGGAUGGCGACGCGAAUACGCGGAAGUAGGAGAAAGGAGAUCUCUUCGAUGAUGUACAGAAGAACCUCGACACGAACUUGGCAGGAGAUAUCGGUUGAAGCAAGAUAUUAGACUCCCACGGGUAGCAUCUGAUGUGGGAAACGGCACUCGUUGAAUGGGAGGACAACUGGAAGUAGCCGCCACAAUCAACUCCGGCUCAGCCUGACGGGGCUCGAUGCAAGCACGAGAAAGAAAUGCAAUCGUCAUAUAUAAUCGAUCUUGGUUAGAUUUAGUGAACAAUCCGUUUU